ACCAAGGCAACAAGAAAACAGUGCUCUGCUGAGGAGCUGUGGAGAGCCUGGCAACAGCAAAGCUCAGCAAACACAGACAUUCGUAACAUGGGUCGAAAUGAUUCUGUAGUAUGUAAAAGCAGCAGGCGGGGAUGCUGAACGAACACGCAAAUGCAUUCUGAGUUAAAGAGAAAUGGUCAUUGAGGAGAGGGGUGCUGGGCCACAGACUGAGCAUUCAUCCAAAGAACAUUAUCAGCAGCACAAUGAAAGAUUUUGUCCUGUCAUUGCUGAGUCGUGGGUACGGCCAUUUUGUGCCAGAUGAAGAUGGUAAUGAUGGAAGACUGGAGGUCUGUUUUGAACCAGAGGACUACUUCAAUUGGAAAUCUCAGCCUCCCCUGCUGCGUCUUACGAGCAGUGGCCGGUUUUUUGGAGGCCUAGAGCCAGCGCCACCUAAGACCUACAGUACAAGGAGAGGGCCUCUUAUUCUCUAUUCAGAAGAUCUCGCACUGGCAUACCAAUCUGGCCAGGUUAACAGGAAGAGAAAGGCUCCAAGCUGCCCAAAACAGGAAGUUGAGAAGCAGCUGCACACACUGCAAGACCUGACUGGAGCUAUUUUGGCCUUUGGAAAAAAGAAGGCAAAAGUUGGAUCUUUUGUUGGUGUAACGCACCCAUUAUUGCCAGAUACGAAACAUGCUACACAGAACAUCCACAUGCAGCAGAGACCUGGAGAGAAGAACUACAAUCCAAGCCAGGCUAAAGGAGAGAAAGCUGGACAGGUCAGAUACCAGCCACGUUUCCUCCGCUCCCCUCGGCCCAACAGGGCCACCCUGGGCCCUCUGCCACCCAUAACAGAGGGUUUGGUACAUGUGCAAAUCCGUGAGAGAACUCAUGCUGCACCAGAUGAACAAAUGACCUUUAAGACUAAAGUACAGAAAGACGAACUGAGCGAGAAGCCAAAAGAGAGAAAAAGACAGGAUAGGAGUCUCAGGAUAUCUGUUGACACAUGCAGAGCUCAGAUGAGUCCGAUCCCUGAGACACAAACUGCACAUCAGACUGAAGAUCAAACAAUACUCCCACAUCUUAUCGACCAUCUCAAGGAUCUAAAUGGCCGUGGGAAGCGCACUCGGAUGGAGAGUGGAAAUGGUGUUGCAGAGACGUGCCCUCUAAGGUCAGUGUAUGUGGAUUCGUCUUUGGAAUACAGCCCACUCUCACGGGUCAACUACUACGGUGGACACAUGGAGGGAUCCCGCCAGAUAAGACAUUGUGGAGGUGAAACUCACGUGAGGAGAGUGAAUAUGGAAACGGAUCCCAGCUUCACCGUCUUCCACUUACCGCCCAUUAACCAGAGCCCGCUGGUCAACUCAGACUCUGACAUCACUUCAACAGUGAAUAAAGCGGAAAUAACAGAUAAAAAAAGGAGCUGUGAGAAUCUACCACAACGAGAACUACACGUACAUCUCCCUGGCAUCAAAGUGGGAAGUACACACGAAAACACCUCUGAGAUCCGCGUGCACAGGAAAGUGCUGCUGCUUUUCCCUGCACAAACAGAACAUACAGACACCCAUCAGCCAGAUGAUGACCUUCAUAGGAACCCUGUUAAGGAGCAUGAGCCAUGUGGUGAUCUGGAGCAUGCAGAGGGGCUAGACCAAAGAGGACAGGACCCUCUCUCUGACAGCAGGUGCAGGAUUAUAGAGAUGGACCUCGGGCACAUCUUGUGGUCCGACGAUCUAGAAAAAGGAGAUCAACAUCCCCCCCUUGGUCCAUUGCCCCCCCUGGUGGGUCGGAGGGGUCCAGGUAAACAGAGCUCCAUGGCUGUGUACAGACAGAACCUACAUGACCCUGCAGACACAACAGAAGAACAGACAGGAAACACUAGAGGCUGUCUUCCUCCGGAGCUAAGAGAAUGGCAGGGAGGCAAAGCAUUGGGCACCUUAAUAAUGGGUCCUGAUGGUGAAAUCAUACGCUUGUCUCUCUGGGAUCCCGCAGUUGACACAGAGGACCACCCAAUAAAGGGUGAUGUCACACAAGGUCACGUUCUUAAGGUUGUGACCUCUGAGGAAGAUUUGAAACAGCCUUGGACGAUCCUCAUACAGGACCACACCACAGAUGAAGAGGAAGUCGCCACAAGUACUACUGAAGAAACUACUUCUAACAUGGAACAGCCUGACUCUAGUCAUAAGGCGUUUAAGGUCAGUCAACUUGCAGAGAAAACUAAUGCUAAGAAGAAGCAGCAUCCAUUAGGUUCCUACAAUAAAACAGUCCAGAAGACACAGGUGUUUAAGGUCAACACUCAUGCAGAGACUAAUGAAGAGGAGGAGGAGGAAGAAGAAGAAGAAGAAGAAGAACUGGGAGGAGGAGGAGAAGAAGAAGAGGAAGAAGAAGAGGUGGAUGAGAAUGAGGAGGAUUGUUUAAGCUCUGACAAUAAACUUGCUAAUAAUGCGCAGGUGUUUAGGAUGAAAGUCCACACACGACACAAUAAUGCAGAAGAUGAUCAGGAUGAUUUAGACUGUCAGAUAAUUCAAGAAAAGUUGUUUAAGGCCAGAUCACGUGCAAAACAGACUACAGCCAAGAGGAAGGAUGAUUGUUUAGAUGCUGACUGUGAAAUAAUUCAGGAGGCAGAGGUGUUUAAGUGCAGAUCACGUGUAAAGCGGACUACUGCCAAGAGGAAGGAUGAUUGUUUAGACGCUGACAGUGAAAUAAUUCAGGAGGCACAGGUGUUUAAGGUCAGAUCCCAUUCAAAGCAGAGUAAUGCCAAGAGAAAGGAGGAUUGUGUAGAUGCUGAUAGUGAAAUAAUCCAGGAGACGCAGGUGGUUAAAGUCAGAUCCCGUGCAAAGCAGAGUAAUGCCAAGAGAAAGGAGGAUUGUGUAGAUGCUGACAGUGAAAUAAUCCAGGAGACGCAGGUGAUUAAGGUCAGAUCACAUGCAAAGCAGACUAAAGCCAGGAGGAUGGAGGAUUGUUUCAGCUCUGACAGUGAAAUAAUUCAGGAAGCACAGGUCUAUUUACCUGAGGAGAGAUUAGAGGAAAUGAGCAGCUCCACAACUCACCAGCUCAACAAAACCGGAGAAGAGGCCACUAGGGUGCAAAGAAACCGAAAAGUAAAGACAACUUUACAGCCGGAAACAGGGGUGACACGGGGGUCAAAGAAGACCAAAGGUGCUGCGCCUGCUAUCAGUCCAAAAUCAACACAUUUCUCUCCCAGGGCACAUUCAUCGGAGUCUCUGUCUCCUGAAGGACAGACAGAAAUCCAGACAGGAUUACCGAUGGAGGCAGACAUGGGUCAUUCAAAGAACACAGGUGGAAGAGAAGAUGCGGAACAGAAAGUAAAGAAAAAUAAAAAGCUUAAUAAGCAAACUGUCAAAUCAAAGGGGAAGACUGUUCAAAUUCAUAAAGACAUUGAGACCCAGAAUACCAGUGUCCCUGACGAUACCACUUCUACCUCUAAGAAAAAGAAAAAGAAAACAGAAAAACAGAAAAUAGAAGAGGCUGAAGAAGAAAAGGAAGAGCCUAAAAAAGCCCAGAACUCAAUAGUUAAAGUUAUAAAGAAGAAAAAGGGUCAACCAGCAUUUGUUGUAGGAAAACCUCGGCCACAGGAAGCUGAAUGGAUGGCAAAUCCAUUGGAUGAGCCUGAGAGACAGAUGACCAUUCAGAGAGAGGUAACAACUCACGACACAGAGGAUGACCAACUACAAAACACUGAGAACACACAAGAACAAAACUACAUUGACUCUGGGGAUGACAUGGAUGCUGAUACAGACUCAGAGAAUACAGACACACAUGAAGCACAUGAGGACUCUCCCAGAUCAGCUUACAGCACUCACAGAUCGCAGCACUCACUCAUUACAGCACGUUCAGAUGCCAGCAUUCACAGACUCUCACAGAACUCCAUCAGAGCCACCUCAAUGGGGGUGGCAGCCCACUGCGGCCCGUGCAGCCCAGCACCCCUGUCUCUCAUCCACCUGCCUCCUCAGUCAGAACACCCUCCUGCCUCAGACCCCACUAAAUCUGAGACAGGCAGUGAUGUUAAAAGCAGCGAGGUGCCCACUAACCAAACAGACAAAAAAGCUGCAGCGCUGGCUGAAAAGGCAGAGCGCCGUCGUCUGGAGGUGGAGAAGAAACGGAGGGAGAGAGAGGAGGAAAAGAAGAGACAGCAAGAAAAAGAGGCGACAGAAGAGAGGAUGAGGAUGGAACUGGAAGAAGAACAGAGGAAGAGAGCAGAGGAAGCGAGGUUACGGAAGAUUAGAGAAGAAGAUGAGAGACGAAGAAGACAAGAGGAGGAGAUGGAGAGACAGAGGAGAGAGCAAGCAGAGAAGGACAGAGAAAGAAGACGACAGGAGGAGAAGAGGAGGCUGCUGGAACGGCUUCAGAGAGAAAGACAGGAAGAGGAGAAACGGCAGGCUGCUGAAUUGGAACGCCAGCGUUUGGAAGAGGAAGCUCGGAAGGAGGAGGAGCGCAGGAAGCUGUCAGAGAUGGAGGAGGCUGAGAGACUGGAGUACCUGCGAAGACAGCAGGAGGAGGAGGAGGAGAGAAGGAAAGCUGCUGAGGAGAGGAGGAGGAAGGAGGAGGAAGCAGCGAUGCACGUUGAACAGGAGGCCAGACUGCAGGCUGAGCUGUUUGCCAGGCAGAGGGCAGCACUGGAGCAGCACUUACAGUUUCACAGGGGUCUUUUUGUGGAGUCAGAAGGGCUGGAGCAGACGCAGGAUAUCUCUCGUCCCUGGAUUUUCUCCUAUUUCACCCUGUUGAAGCUGCUUGGCUUGGCUGAGCCCACAUCUGAGGACAUACUCAAAGAUGUGCUGUGAUUCCUUCUUUUGGGUUCAUGCAGUAAAGUCCCACACCAGCGCUUAAAGCUGCAUGGGUGCUUGUUUCAAUAGGUGUGAAAACAUGUGAAAAUCUGCUGGAUCACAUCAUCUCACUUUGUCAUAUCAGCACUUUUGAAUUGCACCUGCUCAAACUGGAUUUUUCUUUUUUUAAAGUAUAGACGUUUGACGUUCUACAUAAAUACAACAAACCUGAACAUUAAUUUAAACUAAUCUGCAAAAAAAGGUUUGUUCAGAAAUCACCAUUUCAAAGGUCAUUUACAUAGAAGACUUCAAAGUGGAAUAAUGGCAGUUGGUGAAAUCAUGUUCACCAUUUUGAGGCAUUAACUUUCUGUAGGAGAGUCUCUGCAACAACAACAUGUGAUUAAUUAUGUGAGGAUCCUGCAUAAAGCAGUGGUUCUCCACCAGGGGGUCCAGGGCCCACUAGGGGCCUUCAUCAAACUUCCAACGGGGCCUCAAGAUGACUUACAAUGAUUUAAGCUAAAACAACCAAAAAUCAAAAUAUUAUUCUUUUAAUUCACCCCCUCAACAACCUUUUUUCUUUUAAAGAACCAUAAUUUACAUUGUCUUAGAUACAGAAGAAGAUUAGGGCCAAGCAAUAAUAAAAAAAUAAAACCAUCUCGAGAUUAAAGUUGUUAAAUUUCGAGAAA